AGAGAUUCAGAGAAGAUCGUCUGAUCGAGCUGCAAAUCCAACAAUGGCGUUGACUGCGGCGCUGCCGGAGAGCACGGGAGCGGAGCAAAGCCAAGGAGUAGUCAAGCUGGCGCGCCGUAAUGGCGGCGAGGAGAGGAGGCGGGAGCACAUGUUCGACAAGGUGGUGACGCCCAGCGACGUUGGGAAGCUGAAUCGGCUGGUGGUGCCCAAGCACUUCGCCGAGCGGCACUUCCUGCCGCGGCUGCUCGGCGACGGCGCGGCGGCGAGGCUCGCCGGCGCCGUGCUGCGGUUCGAGGACGGGCGCGGCGGCGGCAAGGCGUGGGCCUUCCGCUUCUCCUACUGGAGCAGCAGCCAGAGCUACGUCAUGACGAAAGGGUGGAGCGCCUUCGUGCGCGACCGCCGCCUCGCCGCCGGCGAUACCGUCUCCUUCUACCACGCGGGCGCCCGACUCUUCAUCGACUGCCGGCGGCGCGGCGCCCGAGUAGCAUUGGCGCCGGCCACGCCCGUCUUACCGGCUCCUUGCCGAGUCUUGGUCACGUCGACGCCCUGUUCGACCUCGGACGACUACGUCGGGGCGCCGGCGCCGCGGGGGCGGUGCUUCCGGCUGUUCGGCGUCGAUCUCGUGCUUGCCGGCGCCGAGCUGCCGCUGUCUACGGAUUUGCAGCUAGCUCUGUAGCGAUGAUCAUCUACCUCUACCUCUCCCUCUCCCUGAUAGUACUUCUGACUGUAUAAAGUGAGUUGCAUUUCUUUCUGGUUAGAUCAUCGCAGCAAGAAGGGGAUUAAAUUGAUUAACAUGUUGCUAAUUCCGAAUUCAUAUGUCUUCAUCCAU